GAUCAGACGAACUAAAUGAAACGGAAUUUCAGUGGCGGCGGCGGCGGCAGCACCUCCGCUGCUGGUGGUGGGUUUCCGAAAUUGAGGUCUGAGGUGACCGGGAAAUCCAAGAUGUGGGAUGAAGAUGAAGAACAAGAUACCGGUGAUGAUGAAUUGUUGGCGGUGUUGGGGUAUAAGGUUAAGCCGGCAGAUAUGGCUGACGUCGCCGAUAAAAUUCAGCAACUUGAAGAAGCUUUGGUGAAUGAUGACGAAUUAUCUCAGCUUGCCUCUGAUUCCGUUCAUUACAAUCCGUCAAAUCUGUCAACGUGGCUUGAGACCAUGAUGGUCGAGCUGAACCCUGCAACUCAACCACUUGUGAUCGAUGAUUCCACCAUGAACACCGUUAACCUUCCACCGACAACAGUCGCGACAGUGGACCCAACUUCUGCCUUCAUGGAAAAUCUUGUCCCCGAUGACGAGAUUCAUCCUCCGGCGAAAAAAGUAAAACCCUUAUCGGCUUCCGCUUCCACUUCCACUUCGAAUAAUUCGAACCAGGCAAUCCUAGUGGAUUCUCAGAAUAAUGGGAUCCGGCUUGUACACACUCUGAUGGCGUGUGCCGGAGCUGUCCACCAAGAGAACUUCCAACUUGCCGAAAACCUAGUGAAACAUGCCGGAAUUUUGGCCGUUUCUCAGGCCGGACCAAUGAGGAAAGUCGCGGCUUAUUUCUCCGAGGCUCUUGCACGGAGAAUUUACCGAUUUAAGAGCGAAACCCCACAAGAAUCGCCGGCGAUUAAUAAUAUUCUUCAGAUGCACUUUUACGAGGCUUGCCCGUAUCUGAAAUUUGCCCAUUUCACGGCGAAUCAAGCGAUAUUAGAAGCUUUUGCGUUCAAGAAAAGGGUUCAUGUGAUUGAUUUUAGUUUGAACCAAGGUAUCCAGUGGCCGGCCUUGUUGCAAGCCUUGGCUGUUAGACCAGGCGGUCCACCUUCGUUCCGAUUAACCGGCAUCGGAAUGCCUCCAUCGGAUAGUUCCAAUCCUUUGCAGGAAUCCGGUUGGAAAUUGGCUCAGCUGGCAGAUUCAAUUCGUGUAAAGUUCGAGUACAGACCUCUGGUUGUUGAGAGUUUUGCUGAUAUUGAACCAGCUAUGCUUGAUCUGCGAGACGGUGAAGUGGUUGCGAUUAACUCGGUUUUUGAGUUGCAUAAGCUUCUGGCUCGGCCGGGGGCGGUGGAGCGGUUGUUGUCGGCGGUGAGGAACAUGAAGCCGGAGAUUGUAACGGUGGUGGAGCAAGAAGCUAACCAUAACGGAGUGGAUUUCAUGGAAAGGUUCAACGAAUCUUUACAUUACUAUUCCGCCGUCUACGAUUCGCUCGAAAGCAGCUGCAACGGCGGUGGCGCUGGUGGUUCUCCGGUGGGAACGACCAAUAAAGACAAGAUCAUGUCGGAGAUAUACCUGGGGAAACAGAUCUGUAACGUGGUUGCAUGCGAAGGGGAAGAUCGAAUUGAGCGACACGAGACGGUGACUCAGUGGAAGACUCGGUUUGACUCGGCUGGAUUUCGAUCAGCUCAUUUGGGGUCCAACGCUUUCCGUCAGGCUAGUAUGUUAUUAGCCAUUUUCGCCGGCGGCGAUGGGUAUAAAGUGGUGGAAAACGAUGGUUGUUUAAUGUUGGGUUGGCACACUCGAGCCCUGAUCACCACCUCAGCUUGGAAACUCCGGUGAGUCAACUCAGUUGGUUAAUCUUGGUAAAUUGGUGUCAACUCGGUCCCACCUGCUGAGCUGGAAGUAUUAGUCAUACUCAGAAUGUGGGUCUACUUUCUUAAAGCGACCUUCUUUGGGCAUUUUCUUUCUUUUUAAGGUUUUAUUAUUAUUUUCCAUUUUAAUCCUUGUCUUACAAAGUGGACCAAGUCUUUUAAGUGUAAUUUUAGUUUGUUCAUCGUAGUUAUUAUAAUAUAAGAAAUAAAAAAAAAAAUGUAGUCCCCUUUUUAUA